AUGACGAAAAUUUACAAGGUGUCAAAAGUUGUGAAAAUGAGUUUAGACAAUCAGAUUCGUACGUUUCUCACGUCUAUGAUACCAAUCAUAUUCGUUGGUCAAGUACCUCUAAUUGAGGCGUAUGUAAGAUCCAUGUACAUUGUUGUUGCUUUAGAUGAAAAUCAUGAACCCCUUCUCAUAGCGUUUGCUUUGGGAACCACAAACAGUGACAAUUCAAGGUUAUGGUUCAUGAGGAGGCUUAAAGAAUGUUUAGGUGACAAUACAGAAGUUGGUUUCAUAAGCCAUAUGUCUGAUUCUAUAGACUUUGCAGUUCAAAGAGUCUACCCUGAUUCAUAUCAUGGCUAUUGUUGUAAAAAUAUAGCCGAGAAAAUACGCGCUUCCAUCGGAAGCAAUACAGUCGUAGAGCAGUUGUUCUGGAAGACUUGUAAAGCGUAUAAUUUAUCUCAUUUUUAUGCAUGUUUGAACAACUUAAAAAAUGAUGUUAAUGUGAAUGAUCUUCAUUGGCUUGACAAUAUUCCCAUUGCAAAAUGGGUACAUGCUUGUUUUCCAAGAGUACGUUUCAAUGUUAAAUUCAUUGACAUUCCCGAUGUUGUCAAUUGGUUUAAAACAAAUACGCAUGAGUUUCCAAUAACAACAAUCAUUGAAAUGGUCCAUGACUCGAUACAAGCAGUGUAUCUUCAACGUGCUGCGUUUGGAGUUCAUUUCACAGGGGAUUUUUCAUAG